UCUCUUGUAAACAAUGUCGAACCCUAAUGAAAGAUCAUUCACCGAAAUCCUUGAAACGAUCUCCUCAGCUCCUCCUCCUCCUCUUGACGUUGAAAAGAAGAGUACAUCUCCAGACGUCGAAAAGAAAAAUACGUCUCCAGACGUCGAAAAGAAGAGUACACCAACAAUUGGAGUCGAAACCGCUGCAAUUAUAAAGAGGAAGAAGAGAGAAGACACGUUAAAGAAAAGCUCUUUGGUUUUGAGAUGGCUAUGUUUUAUAUUUUCGUUUCUCGCUUUUGUUCUCAUGGCCUCCAACAGACAUGGAAGAGGUCUUAAUUUUGAAGACUACGAAGAAUACAGUUACUUGGUGGCAAUUGCGAUAAUCUCAAGCGUAUAUUCGGUCUACCAAGGAAUUCGAGAAGUUAUCCAACUUGUUAAUAGAAAACCUACAUUUUCUCGACCCGUAUUUGCCACCAUUGACUUUAUCGGCGAUCAGAUUUUGGCAUAUUUGUUGAUAUCGGCGGCAUCAGCGGCAGUUCCAAGGACGAACUAUGCUAGACAAAAUUCUGACAACUCCAUGUUGAUGAAGUUUGUAGACAUGGCCUCAGCUUCCAUUAGCAUGGCUUUCUUGGCCUUCUUCACAUUAGCUCUAUCUGUUCUUAUUUCUGGAUAUCAACUCGCUGCUCACUUUUUCAUCUGAUUUUCGUAUCGUUUC